AUGUCAUAUGACCGAGGUUUCUGCCAAGCUGCUAUGAAGUCUUCAAGUGCAAAAAUGCUCGUCGUUCCAGAUCUCACACAGGACGAACAGUUCAAGGAUUAUCAAGAUGUCACUAACUAUCCACAUAUUCGCUUUUUAGCUUAUAGUCCUAUCAUCAGCCCAAAGGGUAUUGUGAUCGGCGUUUACGUGGUAUUAGACAAUAAGCUCUAUGGACCGCUAGAUGCGGAUCUAGAGAAAUUUUUAGUGGAUAUUUCAAAUACUGUCAUGGAUUAUUUAAGUGCUAUCAAGUCCAGAAACCAACAACGUCGGAGUGAGCGCAUGAUAAUUGGACUCGGAAGUUUCCUUGACAGAAAAGGCAGCUUGCGAAACUCGUGGAGCAAUGCGAAUGAGGAAGUCCUUACCCCGGGCGAAGAAGUUGCGGAAGUCAAAGCCUACAACACAGAAAGAGAGACAGCAGUUGUCAAGGAGACCUUUUCACAAGCGGCUAACAUCAUUCGCGAAAGCAUUGAGAUGGAAGCUGCUGUGUUUUUUGACGCCAAAGUUGGGUCCAAAUCGGCGCUGGUAAAUGCUCCGAGCGAUUCUGAGACUAGCGGCGGAGGUACGUCCUUCUUAAGCGAGGAUGACGCUAAGGUCCCAGCUCAAAAAAGGUCCACAUGGCGCGAUCUGACCAAAGUAGCGCAUUUACCAAGUGUUGGUAAAAAUAUAGAGAAUCCCUGUAAAAUAUUCGGUUUCUCCGUUUUAGGUGUGUCUAGUGUGAACGAUCAAUUGAUCGGUGAUAACAAAAUUGUGUUGUCGGAGAAUUUCCUCGGACACCUGUUCCGUCGCUAUCCCCGAGGAAAAAUCUUCAAUUAUAACGAAGAUGGAAGUAUGCCAGCGAGCGAUACCGGUGAAGGCAAAGACUGCUUCCGCACCGCUGGCAAAAAGUAUAAGAAGUCAAGCAAGACAAAAAUACGAUAG